AUGAAUCUAAUUAUAAUUAUAAUAGCUAUCUCCACAGCCCUUUCUAUAAUCCUAGCCAUAGUGUCAUUCUGGUUACCUCAGAUAACCCCUGACACAGAAAAACUAUCCCCAUACGAAUGCGGCUUUGACCUCCUUGGAUCAGCACGCUUACCUUUUUCCCUACGCUUCUUCCUAAUUGCUAUUCUAUUUCUGCUAUUCGACCUAGAAAUCGCUCUCCUACUACCACUGCCCUGAGGAAACCAGCUGCCAGAUCCCUCAUAUACUCUACUAUGAGCUGCAACUGUACUAAUUCUACUUACAUUAGGCCUAAUUUAUGAAUGAAUUCAAGGAGGCCUAGAAUGAGCUGAAU